AUGGAUUCCAGUGACCAACCAGCAAGACCUUCAAACGAUCCCUACUUCAACCUGGGAACAUUCGGUCGCAAAGUCACCACCAAUUCCCAGGAAGCCCAAAUAUGGUUUAACCGAGCCCUGGUCUGGACAUAUUGCUUCAACCACGAUGAAGCCAUCACCUGCUACAAACAAGUCAUCGCGCACGACUCAACCUGCGCAAUGGCAUAUUGGGGAGUUUCCUUUUGCUCAGGCUCAAAUUACAACAAGACCUGGGCACUAUUCGAUGGAAGGGAUCGCGUGAAUGCAAUUCAACAGUGCUACUUAUUUUCUCAAGAAGCAUUGAGCCGCGCCAGUAGCGCGUCACCCUGGGAACAGGCGCUUAUUCAGGCUCUUGCGAAGAGAUACCCCAACGAUGACCCAAAUAGGGAUCUCCUAGCUUGUAGCAAAGCGUACGCCAACUCGAUGCGAGAAGUAUAUUUUGAGCUCGGUCGCUCCGACUUUGACAUCAUUACUCUUUUCGCGGAUGCAUUGAUGAAUUGCGCUCCCCGGAAAUUAUACGACGCCUCUACGGGGCUUCCGAUCGCAUCAUCCCCAGUUUUCGAAGUGAAAGAUCUGCUUGAUCACGCGCUCAAGAUGACAAAUGUAGAACUUCAUCCUGGGCCUGCACACAUGUAUAUUCACUUGAUGGAAAUGUCCGCGACUCCUGAAGCGGCCUUGCCAGCUGCAGAGAUGAUUCGUGAGAUCUUCCCUGAUACCGGUCAUACAUUCCACAUGCCUGCGCACAUCGAUGUUUUGGUCGGUGAUUAUCGGCGCGCGGUCGAAUACAAUUUAAAAGCCACUAUCGCCGAUGAUAAGUUCUUUCAGCAGAAUGGCGGUUUGACAUUCUACAGCUACUACCGGCUACACGACUACCAUUCUCUCAUCUACGCUGCAAUGCUCGGUGGGAAAUCCAAGGCCGCGUUAUCGGCGACUGAAAGGAUGGAGGCGACUAUAACCGAAGAGAUUCUUCGGGUAGAAACACCCGCACUGGCAAAUUGGAUGGAAUUUUUCAAGGCCGUUCGAGUACAUGUUCUUAUUCGCUUUGGCAUGUGGGAUGAAUUGAAAAAACUCGGCCCACUCGAAGAUAAGGAGCUGUACUGCGUUACAAAUGUGAUGCGACACUACGGAAAAGCGAUUGCCCAUGCGGCUACUUUUGAACUCGAAGAAGCGGACAAAGAGCGUGAGCUUUUUAAACUCGCAUCAACGCUCGUUCCGCCUACACGCCUCGACUUCCCCAAUAAAAUCAUCGACAUUCUCAAAGUAGCAUCUGCAAUGUUGGAUGGCGAGAUUGAGUAUCGACGUGGAAAUCACCAGACUGCAUUUGCACGAUUACGAGACGCUGUCGUCCUUGAAGACGAACUACCGUUCGCAGAGCCAUGGGGAUGGAUGCUUCCGGCUCGGCAUGCAUAUGCCGCCCUUUCUUUGGAACAGGGAAUGGUUGAACAAGCUGCCCAGGCUUAUGCGGAGGACUUGGGCCUCGUUCCAACACCUAAGCGGGCACAUCAACAUCCGAAUAAUGUUUGGGCGCUUCAUGGGUAUCAUGAGUGUCUUCUGCUUAUGGGACGCCAUGCUGAGGCAAAUAUUAUCAAGAAGCAGCUUUCACUGGCUUUGGUGGAGGCGGAUGUUGAAAUCACGUCUUCGUGCUUCUGUAGACUUGGAAAUGUUCCUUCAUGUGGGAAAUUCAAGGUGAAUGGUUGCCAUAAUUAG